AUGGGAACGGGGUGCAGAAGCCGAUCCCGGCCCACAACGAGCGGACUCCGGAGGCGCUUUGGGGAUCCCGCGGUGCCGCUCCCGGGGGUCCCUCGCCAGGAGCCCGAGCGGGGCCGGGCCGGAGUCCCCGGGAGCCCCCGGAGCCCGCGGGACAGCGGGGCCUGCUCGGGCCCGGAGCCCCCCCGGCCCCGCCGGUGCCGCGGGCCGGUGUCCCCCGAGUGCCCCCGCGUCCCCCGGGCUGCGCUGCGCCGCUCCCCCCGCAGGCACCGGGCGGUGUCCCCGGGGCCGCCCCGCGUCCCCCCCGGUACCUCGGGCCCGGCCGGUGCCGCUCCGCGCCCUCCGCCGCCGCCAGGCCCCGCCCCUCCCGCUGCGGACACGCCCAUGCCUCCCAUUGGCCAGCCCCGCCCGCCGCCUCCCCGCGGUGACGAUCCCGAUCCCGAUGAUCCCAAAGAUCCCGAUGAUCCCAAAGAUCCCAAUCCCGCUCCCCGCGAUGCCGGCGGGCGGCGGCGCCUCCUCCGCGCCCCCCCAAAAUCGGGGUCCCCGGCCCCCCCCGACCCCCCUGGACCCCCUCGGACGAUGCGGGUCCUGCCCUGGCCGGUGCCCCCAGCCCGUGCUGCCUCCGCGCACGCGCAGAGCGCCCGGCGCGUCGUGUCCUUCCGCCUGCCGCUCCCCGGGCUCUCCCCGCUGCUUUUAGGGGCUUCCUCCCGCUUUAGAGGCUUCCUGCCGCUUUUCGGGGCUUUUCCCCGGCUCUUCCCGGCGGCGGGGGACGCCGGGAGAGCCGCGGCUGCGCGCCGGAGGAGCUUUGUGUUGUUCUUGGAAAGUUUCGCACCACUUGUGAAUUCCCUGAACCUUGGCCUUGCCAGCCCCCUUGUGUUGGGCCCUCCUCCUUUUCAGCUUGCCCAAAUUAAGACCCACUUGGCUCUCCAGCACUUGGCUGCCACCGGCGGGCGGGCACCUCCCCACGCUGGCGUCCGCCAGGCAUUGCUGAAAGACGCAAUGUUUAGCCCCAGAGGAACCUUGCCCCCGAGGCCCAGAGGACCCAACCCGUCGGGCACCAAACCCCCGGCAGCUUUCAGGGCCGGAGGCGCGGCGGGGCCGCCCAGGAAAGCCGCGCCCGCGACGCCCCAAGGAGCUCCCCAGAGAUUCUCGGGGCAGGACGCGCUGCAGUGGACGGGUUCGCAGAGGAUCAACGUCCGCGUCACGCUGCACAGGGCCGAUCCCAGGAAGGUCAAGGAGAAGACCGGCCUGCACCAGGAGCAGAAGGCAGACCCACGUGCCACUCGCUGGGAUGGCGGCCCCUGUCCCGCCGGGCCGAAGCCGCCCGGCUCAGCGCCGGUCUCGGAGCAGAACUGCAACCCCCAGAACCGCUACACGCCCGAAAGCGCCUCCAGCAUUUUAGCGAGCUUCGGGCUGUCCAACGAAGACCUGGAGGAGCUGAGCCGCUACCCGGACGACCAGCUGACGCCUGAGAACAUGCCGCGGAUCCUGCGGGAGAUCCGCAUCCGGAAGAUGGGCCACGCCGCGCCCGGCCUGCACGCUCCGAGCCGGGGGGAGGAGCCGGCGGGCGAGAGCAGCGGCCCCGCCGUCAAGAGCAAAGUGAUCGACUACGGCCACGCCAGCAAGUACGGCUACACCGAGGACCCGCUGGAGAUCCGCACCUACGACCCCGAAGCGCUGCCCGAGGAACCGCUGGAAACGCGCGUCUUCAAUCCCGAAAGCUCAAGCGCGGAGAACCGGGAAGAAUUCCAGCGGGAGCAGAGCGUGCCGGUGGCCGUGCCGCCGCCCAACGUGCCGUGCAACCCCGUGUUCCCGGCCGAAGACCUCAUCAAGCUGCCGGCCUUCCCCGCCGACUCCUCACCCGCUCCGUCGUUUUUCCCGGCCGAGCCGCCGGCCAAGGUGCCGGUGCUGUGCGGCGCCGUGCCCGCCGCGCUGCCGGCGGUGAAGCCGGCGUCGCAGCCACCCAUGCCGCCGGUGCUGCCGCCUAUUCUGCCGGCGCUGCUGCCCACGCCGCUGCCGCAGCCCAUGCUGCCCCCGGUGAUGCCGCCGCUGGUCCAGCCGCCCGUGUCCCAGCACGUGUUGCCGCCCUUGACGCCGCCGCCCUUCUCGAGCGGGCUCCUGGCCGCCAUCAGCCAGCACGAGCAGAAGCAGCGCAACGCCAGCAGCGCCCAUCCCGGGCCCAGCGCCGCCGGCGGGGCCUCGGCGGGACACAAACCCUUCCACAAACCCUUCCACCCGCCGGCACAGGAGCCCAUCAAAUCCCCGUUCGGGGUGGUGAAGGCGUCCUGGCUGCCCGUGUUCCCGGAGCAGAAGAGCAAAUGCCUGCCCACCCCGUCCAUGAUGAACGACUACUAUGCCACGUCGCCGCGAAUAUUCCCACAUUUGUGUUCUCUGUGUAACCUUGAAUGCACUCAUAUGAAGGACUGGAUCCUGCACCAGAACAACCCCGCCCACCUCGAGAGCUGCCGCCGGCUGCGCCAACAAUAUCCCGAGUGGAAUCCUGAGGCUCACUCCUCCAACAGGUACUUUGAAUUCCUCCCCUUAAUUACUCAUUAAUUAAUUAAUUAA